AUAGUGAGACACAGAGGCUUCAGGAUAUAUGACAGGACACACACACCCAAGUGCAGGACACAACUGCCGGCAGACACACACCUACAAAGCAAGGAAGACAGGGGGUUAAUUCACCCAGUCACUGCCAGCACCCAGGAAUUGAACUACACUCAGUAUAUUGACCCUUUACACUGACCCCCAAUAGUCCCACAAGGGAGCAUUUGGUGCUCACACUUAUACACCCAGGAGGCCAGGGAUAUGGAUGGAAGUCACACUUGCCAUGAGGAUGGAGCCAUCACCAGUCAGAUUCCUUUGGCUCUAGAACCUGAACUUGUACAAAGACUUGUUGCCCAAAGCCACGAGGCCAAGCAGCGAGCCCACUGUCCCUACAGCAAGUUCCGAGUGGGAGCCGCACUCCUGACUAUGGAUGGGAAAGUCAUUCUGGGCUGCAACGUGGAAAACGCUUGUUACGCGCUGGGGAUCUGCGCUGAGCGCACCGCCAUCCAAAAAGCCGUGUCUGAGGGCCACAAGGAGUUCAGGGCUAUAGCCGUGGCAAGUGAUGUGGAGACAGAGUUUAUAACUCCCUGCGGGGCCUGCAGACAAGUCAUGAGAGAGUUUGGAGUAGAAUGGGACAUUUAUCUCACCAAGCCCAACGGCGCCCACAUUCACACCACCCUGCGCCAACUGCUGCCAAUGUCCUUUGGGCCAGAGGAUCUAAAUAAAGUCUGAGAGAGAAGAACCAACCCCCCCCCCCCCAUUUCUCUGUUAUUUAUUAUCAAUAAACUCAUCAUUAAUAAUCA